UAACGUUUGGUUAGUGUACAACUUAUUCCGUUAAUCAACAGAUGGGAAACAAUAAUAAUAUAGGAUCCGAAAAUCUGCAUGAAGAAACUACUAAUACGCUGCAGAGCUAACAGGCUAACAGAUGAGAUGGAGAAACAUGUGUUGGAUCCGCAAGAAGUGGAGGACGCCAAGGCGUUCUGGGCGGAGGAGGACGUGGAUCGGGUCUUUGACAGAGUCUACGAUUACCUGGAUCACCUGAAGAGAGUCCUGAAGAAAAACACAGCCACGGAUAAAGAGUUCGUUCAGGGUCUGAAGCUCAUCGAGGUUCUGACCUCUCCGGUCGAGACGGAGGACUCCUCUGUGGUUCAGGUGGUCAUCGGAUCGGAUGAGCUGCUCCCGUCUGAGUCACUCCCCCCCUCCCCCGUCUCCUCCGUCGGCCCCCCCCCUGAGGAACUGCUGCCCCCCCUCGCCCCCCUGCUGCUGCAGUACAAGCCGCACGCCUGCAGCAAGUCAUGCAUGCCCAGUUUACCCAGCAUGCCUCAGUGCACCCCUGCGUUCUGGGGUCAGAACCCCCUGAAGGUGCCGCUGCUCUGCGGCUUUAAGAGGCUGAGCGCUGUGAUGAUGUCAUCAGGGGCGGAGCCUGAGGAGGACGUGGAGCCUGAUAAGGGGGCGGGGUGCGUCCUGUACAAGGCGCCGUGCGGGAAGAGCCUGCGUAACCACGACGACGUGAUGCGCUUCCUGUUGGCGUCCGAGAGCUAUGACUUCCUGCAGGUGGACUUCUUCACCUUUAACCCCUCUGUCUGCUUGACCCCCCCCCCGGCGGUGGGCCCCCGAGGACCGGAGAUGGACCUGAGCCGCGGACUGGAGCCGACCCCGGUGCAGCUCUGCCUCGGAGAGGGCGGCGCUCGCCCAAUUGACUUCCGCUACAGGAAGGAGCGCUGGCCGCAUGGCUGCUUCCUGUCCCGCAGGCAGCUGUUCACUUCCUGCUGCGACUGCCCCGACGGCUGCAGCGACGCAUCCCGCUGCGCCUGCGUCGCCAUGACCACCGGAGGGCAGGGCUACUCCCAUCACCGGCUGGCAGAGCCCGUCCAAUCAGGGGUGUUUGAGUGUGGCCCCUGGUGCGGAUGUGUUCGAGGCCUCUGUCAGAACCGACCUGUCCAGCAGGGCCUGAGGGUCCGGCUGCAGGUCUUCAGAGUGGGGGGGCAGGGCUGGGGAGUUCGCUGCCGUGACGAUGUGGACACUGGGACCUUCAUCUGUAUCUACGCAGGCAUGAUGCUUCGCAGGGUGCAGAGCGACCCCUCCCCCCCCAAGCUCACGAGGCUCGACCUCCCCUCCGAUGAUGAGGUGGAGCUGGUCACUGAGUGGCUGCCCCCCCCCGUGCUGGAGGUCCGCAGCACUGUGCUGGAGACCCCCCAACAGACCCCCACCUCCCCACCGCCGCAUGUCCCUGUCAUCCAGAGGCCCCCCCCCGACAGCAGCAGCCCCCCAACAGGACAGAAGGUGUCUGUGGCCCCACCCCCUGCCUCAGGUGACCCGGAUGGGGGGGUCAUAAAGAGCCAGAAAAAGAGAGCUCUGCAUCCGGAGGACGUCUACUUCCUGGACGCCAGCAAGGAGGGCAACGUAGCACGCUUCAUAAACCACAGCUGUGAUCCGAACCUGUUCGUCCAGAACGUUUUCACUGACACCCACGACCCGGGCUUCCCCGUCAUCGCCUUCUUCACCAGCAGGGUCGUGAAGGCGGGCUCGGAGCUGACCUGGGAUUACUCCGCCGGGGCAGAAAGUAGUCCCGGCGUGGUGUGUCUGUGCAGCAGCGAGGCGUGCCGCGGUCGCUCCACGGUGAAGGAUCAGCUGUGUGACUCGCGUUAGGUCAAAGGGGGAGGUCACACUCAGUGACCCCCCCCUAUAGCUGUAAUGGUUCAAACCCCUGUUCUCUUUCGAUACUCUGAAAUAAAUGGACUCUAUUUUGAAAAUCA